AUGGGCUCGAAACAAGAAAUGUGUGAAAUAAUCAGAUUAAAUGCUUGGAAAUGUCAAAAUCACUUCAAGAUAUAUGUAGUCUAUAUUCCACCCCAGAAUUGUCCAAACUUUGACUUUCUGAACAUCUCACACAAAACUGUAGUAUUAGGAGACUUCAAUGCCCAUUCCACCAGAUGGGACUACAAGGAUACAAACAUUGCUGGAAAGGAAAUUGAAGACAUGGUAAACAGCAACUCUCUGGAACUUAUUUACAGCAAUGAGGAUCCGGCUACAUAUCUGCACUACAAUGGAACUAGAACAACUCCUGACUUACUCUUGGCUUCAAGCGACAUCAGUGAGCUUACACGCCGCAAAAUAAUUGACGAUCCUGAUUCUGGUCACAAACCAGUCAUUGUUAGUAUUAACAUCAGCAGCAACAGCAUGACAACGAAAGUGCUAACUAAGCUAUCAUGGAACUUCAAGAAGGCUGACUGGCCUAGAUUCACAAAUCUUUUAGAGAAUGAACUUCACACAAGUCCCCUCAACUUCAACCAACAUCGUGACAAACUUUGCACUGAUAUCACGAAUAUUAUGUUCAGAUGUGCAAAGAAAACUAUUCUCCGAGGCAAGACUAAACACUAUCGAGUGUUUUGGUCUAAACACCUUGUGGAACUGAAAAGAAAGCGGGACGCCCUUCGCAACACUGCUGAUCAGACUGGAAGAACGGAAGACGUACAAACCUGGAGACGACAAUCAGCUGUCCUAAGGCAAGCCAUCUUACAAGCUAAACGGACUUCCUUCGACAAGUUCAUUUCUAAUAUCAACUAUCAAAGUGAUAGCCAACGCACUUUCAAAUUCCUGGGUAACCUCCAAAACAUCAAGGAAAGACCCAAGAUAGAACCAAAACGCUUAAAAAGCAAAAUUGCUUACCACCGACUCCAAAAUAGUUAA